GGCCGGUGCGAGGGUGUUCUGCGGCGCGGCGCGCCUGUGGUGUGGCGUGCGGACGCGGGGCUCGUGACUUUCGGUGCGAGGUGCGGGGCCCGAGCGUCUGCCAGGGUGCGUGUGCGUGCGGGGCGCAGACAUGUGCGCCGACUCGUUCCCGCGGGGCGAGCGGAGGUGAUCCUCCUGCGUCUGACACGCAGCGGUCGGAGCCUGAGACCAUGUCCAAGCCGGACUGCCGCAAGUUCUCGCCCAACAUCUUCAACAAGCAGAAAUGCGCCAGCUGCUUCAAACACAAGGAGGAGCACUCGGCGGAGGCGCUCGACUCGAAUCGAGCGUCGCGGAAGGUGCAGCGGUGCGGCUUCCUGUUUGUCGCGCCCGAUUGGGACUUCACCAACCCGCUCAACCGGACCAAGCGGUGGCAGCGACGCUGGUUCGUGCUGUACGACGACGGCGAGCUCACCUACUCGGUCGACGACCACCCGGAGACGGUGCCGCACGGCGUGAUCGAUAUGUCGAAGGUGAUGGAAGUGGCCGACGCCGAGGACGUCACUGGCAACAGCUACAGCAUCGCGCUGACUGCGCCCGAUCGCGUCACCUUCAUCAAGGGCACGUGCCGGGACGAGUCGCGCUGGUGGAUCGACGCGCUCCAUGUCUACACCACCAUGGUCAAGGGCCGACACAAGAGGAACGCAACAUUCCCGGGCGGCCGCUCCACCACCGUCUCCUCGCCGUCGGCUCUGAACGGAUCAGGGCCGGAGCCGUUCCAGACGCCGCCGGUGGGCCGGCGCCGCCUCCUCAGCUGUCAGUCGGAGCCGAUGCGGCGCCCGCUGCCGGCGACGGCGCUGACCGGCCAACAGACCCCCGAGCGCGACCCGCCGCCG